AUGUCGUCCCUCAACUACAUCAACGAGCCAGGCGCUGGUCAGAAGCAUAGUGACAUGGCCCACUACUCACAGAUCGUUGUCAUUGGAAACGUCGCCAAAUUAUCGGGCCAGGGUGGAUGGGAUGAGACAGGAGACCUUGGCGAAUUUGACUGGAAGCAGCAGAUCGACAAUGCGUUUGAUAAUGUCGACAGAGUCUUGCAGGCAGCUGGAUUUCGUGGUUGGGAGGAUAACCGAAUANNGGUCUAUCUCCUUCGGAGCUAUCAGCUCGACGUUGUCUCUCACUUCGAAUACCUGGUCGAGAGACUGACGCAGCGUAUUCCUGGCCACAGGCCCAUCUGGACAGCUGUUGGCGUGGCAAGCCUAGUGUUCCCAGCAAUGUCUGUCGAGCUGGAAGUCGAAGCGAUCAGGCACGAAACACAAAGGUGA